AUGGAUCGUGUCCCAGUUGAAACUACUAAGGAGACCCUUAGAGGUUACUUGGCAGAUCUCGACGAUCUUAUGCAAAUGGAGGCUGAUUGUGAAGCUCUGGUCCAACAACAACAACAACAACAACAACAACAACAACAAGACGUCGAAGAAGAAAUCGUCUACUUGACUCCAACCAAAGAUGAAGCCUCUGACGUCGAGAAACUCCAACCCUGGGAAGCAGUAAUGUUCUACAAGAAGUUCUAUACUUUGGCUACCCCUAGACAUGGUGCUCCUCUCACUUCGGUCAUCCUUGAGCUGAAUACUACUACGGUUGCUACUGCAUCAGCUUGUUGUAUUCAUACAGACGAAGAUAUAGAAGGCGUCAACUUUUUUAGUUAUAUCCGUAACUACAACGAACAGCAACUAGAGCAAAUCAUCAACCAUGCAAUCAGUGGAAGACCCUUCGAAGCCUUAGACCAAAAAUUGAUAAAGUCCGUCCGUGCCAUCUUGUGCGCUUACCUCCACUACAAGAAUGGCGGUAAUCUAAAUCAGCUUGGCUACAAGAGAGAACUGAAUGAAUUGGCUAAAGUUAGAUUGCCAAGAUCUGCCAAGCCUAGCCAAACAAUAACCGUCGGUUAUCAUAUGCUGGCUUUCUACAAGCAAGCUGGCGCCUAGCCAAUCCUCUUUUCCGACAAGUUUAACUGGCCUUUCUUCCUCUCCUUCUCCUCGGACAACUGGGCCUAUUUAGAGGAAAAUGACUUUUCUCCUUUGCGUCCUUUAAUCACACCAAUAAUUCCUACAAUGAACUACUUGACAUCGUUCAAGAAUGUUGGCUUCUUCCUACAUCAUAUUCAGUCAUUAGUAAAUAUGAUGGCUGAAGCUAAGAGUCAAGAACGUACCUAUGGCCGUUAUUAUCAUACUUUUGGUCAUUAGAAAAUACAUUUUGUCUCUCUCUCUCCCUUUCCAUCAUAACUUUCUUCUCUUUUUCCACCAAAUAAAAUCAUCAAUG